AUGUCCAGCUGCUGCACGACUGGCUUCCGAUGGGAGGGGACUCCCAGAGGCCAUGAAGCCACCCUCGCCGGCAAGAAAGCCUAUGUCACCGGCACCAACAAGGACGCCGCCGUCCUCAUCGUCCACGACAUCUUUGGCUGGACUUUCACCAAUGCUCGAGUGCUAGCCGACCACUAUGCCGAGGAAGCAGAUGUGACGGUGUAUUUGCCUGAUUUCUUCGACGGCGAGGUCGUCUCUCCCGACCGCCUCUUUGGGACCGGUGAACACGUAAAGAGCGAGCCAUUCGAUGUCAUGGCCUUCUUGGGCCGACACAGCAAGGACGUCAGACAGCCGGGGAUCUUUGCUUGUGCCACCGCCCUGAAGAAGGAAUUGGGCUAUAAGAAAGUCGGCGCAAUUGGCUUCUGCUAUGGUGGUUGGGCCGUCUUCCGACUGGGUGCCAAAGGCAACAACCUCGUCGACUGCGUGUCCACUGCACACCCGUCUCUGCUCGAGAAACCCGAGAUCGACGCCAUCAGUGUGCCGGUACAACUCAUCGCACCAGAGACAGAUCCGACUUACACCCCCGAACUCAAGGAGUACUCUCUGAAAGUCCUGCCGACGCUGAACAUCGAUUUCGAUUACCAAUACUUUCCCGGCCUCGUCCAUGGGUUCGCUACGAGAGGCGAUACCAGCGACCCGGCCCAGAAAAAGGGCCUCGAAAGGGCCAAGAACGCCGCCGUCUCGUGGUUCCGAGAAUAUCUGCACUGA